AUGUCGUUCUCCAAGACCAUACUCAUCACUGGAGGUAGCAGUGGGCUGGGGCUCAGGACUGCCAUCGAACUCGCAAACUCUCAGUCUGGGAGCCUGAUCGUUGUGGCCAGCAGGACUCCUCCGCCAGAACCUUUGCCGGCGAAUGUUCGUUUCGUUGCGCUCGAUCUCGCAUCCCGCGAGUCCGUUAGAAGCUUUGUCGCAUCCUGGGACUUUGGCCCCAUCUCGGCCUUCAUCUGCAACGCAGGCAUGAUCACCGCCGGGGCGCCCAAAUUUGCCGACAAUGGCAUCCAGUUAGACUUCGCCGUCAACUUCGUCAAUCAAGCUCUGCUCUUUUUCCUUCUCAAAGACAAAAAGCUCUUCUCUUCAGCAUGCCGUUUCGUUUUCGUGACCACCGCUCUCCAUGAUCCCAAGGCACCGAUGAACUUCACACCACCUCAUUGGGUCAGCGCGGAAAGUGUCGCGAAAGGGACCGAUAAACCGUUGCUUAACGCGGGAAUCAGAUACUCCACCACCAAGCUCGCCAAUCUCCUAUUCUCCUACGCUCUGGUAGACAAGUUGCGCGAGACAGCAUCGUCGGAUGCUCGUGGCUGGUCGGUCAUUGCUUUUGAACCUGGCUAUAUGCCUACAGGGGGGUCACAGCUCGUUCGCCACCAGCCGGCUGCCCUCAGAUUCGUGGGCAAGUACAUUAUACCACGCCUGUUGUUCAUCUUCAAAUGGGCAGGCGUGACGGUAUCGACCCCGACCGAAGCUGGCAAAGUGCUGGCAUCGAUCGCCUCGAAUGAGGUCUACACCGAUAUGACGGGUAAAUACGUACUGCUGCAUAAGGAAAAGCCUUCCAGCGUCGAGUCGUACGACAAGGAGAAACAGAACGACUUGUGGAGGUGGACGGUAGAUAACGUGGCCCUAGACGCAGCGGAGAAGCAGAGAUUCGAGACGUUCUGA